AUGAAAAUUGACCCCGAGGGCCAGGACCCAGAUGCCUAUGAUGUGGAAGUCCUCAAAGAUAGCGAUCUGGACUGGUUGACACAGCUUCAUGCUGUGGGUAUUGACUAUGCUCGUCGUCCGGGAAGCUACUUCUUCUCGGGCGUCUGUCAUGCCAUUGGUUCUAACUGGCUACGUACUUCUCCGGGAGAGGAUAAUGAUAUACACCCCAUUCCCGAGCCAACACUCACCGUGUACUACGAUCACGGGUUUUGCCACGAACCGGUUGCUUGGCCUGUCCAUCGCGUCUGUUACCAGGAGAUACUCAGGAGGUGCAUUACUCAAAACAGUAAUACAACCUUCGACCGAGCCAGUUUAUGUGACGUUCUUGAGGAGUUGGAGUGUGAGCCAUACACCAGGUUAAGACUAGACUAUGGCAAGCCCAGUCUGAUCUUGAAUGGGCCGUGGAGAUGUAUACGAGGCGAAGAGGUAUUAAUCAUGAAUCCUGUCGAAAUACCUCAACUAGACUCUUAUCUCGAUUUCAUUCGGGGUGAAACGAAUGACCUCUUGCCCGGUUCCUCAGAAAACCACAUGAGACGGGAUAUAUUCGACAAGGUACCGGCCGAGAUCCGACUAGAGAUAUUUAAGCGCCUUCCCGUUGCGUCUGUACUUGCCGUUAAAGCUGCAUCGCCAUCGAUGAAUGCCACCGUUCUUCCAAGCGACCUUUUGAUGAAAGUACUGCGAGCUGAUAUGCCUUGGCUCUGGGAGCUCCAGGAUACUGACACGUUUUACUCUGGGGAGUCGGUGUCUCGACUCUCCCUGACACUCCUGGAUCUUUUUCAAAAGUCUCACUAUAAGGAAGGGACAUGGAACUAUAUUCCUGGGCUUGUCAACCGAAGAAGGAUCUGGGAAGAUACGAAAAGAACACUGACGGAUUGUGGAAGAAAGCGCCGAUCUCUUGUUCAACAUCAAGACAAGAAACAUAAAUGGUUCUAUGAAAAGACCACUGCUGAGGAAAUCCGACUAGAGGAGAAUUUUGGAGUCAGCGGCUUUGGCGGGAACAAGAGAAACCCAACUAUUAACUUAAUCCCAUACGCUUAG